GGACCCUCGCAGCUACAGCAGAACAAAGUCACUGACCUCAUCCGCAUCUCCACUGACCGGCGUGAUGAUUUUGAAUCUGUUGAAGUGUCUCUGCAUUUUGAGAAGAUUGUUGAUCUGGAAGUGGACACGAGCAAGGCAGUGCCAGGAUCAAAGUCUGGUAUCUUGAGUACGAACUUAUGCAACGACACAACCAAGCAUGACGUCGAUAAUCAUGACAGCUUACGUAAAGUGAUCACCACACCUAUUAAGAAUAAGGGGGUCGACCUCAGCAAGGACCAUUUUCACGUCCUUCAGGGCGAGUUGGAGCGGGUUGCGAUGAUGAAAGCAAAGGCACAGUGGUCUCACGAGGAGGGUUUGUUGGAGUAUCUUGAGAAGGUGUUUGGAACGAACAAGUACAUUGAGCAGAUCAAGGAAAAAUCCCGAAGGCUGGAGGAUCUGAAUACGAAAAGGGUGGGCUUCAUGGAACGAAUGCAGUUAGCGGAGACAGAAAAGGAACAAUUGGAGGAGCAAAAGAAAGCGGCUGAAGUGUUUCUGCUGAAGGAGGCGCAGCGCACCCAGCUGAACAUGGCGGCCGUGUAUUUGCAGCAGGAGGAGCGUGAGCACACGAUGAAAAGGUCUAGCAGCCUGGCCGCAGACCUUGAAAGGGCGAUCGAGGCAGACAGCAUGCAAGAAAAACGCGUGUCAGACGAGGACAUGGAGCAGGCAGGCCUUUCUCACGCUCUCAACGAAGCGCUGGGCGAGUGGCUAGAGGCAGCAGGCGGAGAUUCAGUUUUUGUCGACGAAGGGGCUGAGGCUGAGACUGCAGAAGGUGGGGUUGAGAACGUAGAGAGGAGUGAGGCUGCAGAGGGGAGUGAGGCUGUGGCGCAAUGCCAAGUAAUUGAGCCUGCAGCACACGCAUCCGAAGAAGCGAUGCAGAAACUGGGGAGGCUGCUAUGCUGGCUGUGCAGUAACUGCAUGAGCGCUGGAUCCAGCCACGAUGAGGUGCUGACAAAGCAUGAGUCUGUGGGAGAAGAGCUCAAGGCGCUCAGGGAAAAGGUUGACAUAAGCUACAUUGACAAGUACCACAAGAAAGAAGACGUUUUUUUCGAGAGGUUCUUCGAAGCAGCAGAUGUGACACUUGAGAGGAAUGCCGUGAAGCAAGAGCACGAGGGGCUGAUAAGGCAUCGGCAAGAUGAGUUCACAGCAGGCCUGGACGCAAUCAGAAUGCGGGUGAAGGGGAUCUACCAGAUCAUGGCGCCAGGUGGCGAUGCUGACCUGGCACCCGUUGACCCGCUUGACCCAUUCACCCAAGGAAUUCAUUUUUCGGUGCGCCCGCCACAGCAGCAGCGCUGGAGGAGCAUGGCCGACCUCGAUGGACGAGAGCAGGUGAGAGCAGCCCUGUGGCCUUGCCAGACCAUUUUUUCCACAGUGGGGCAGUGA